AUGGUGCGCAGCCUGUGCAUUGCAGCCAUCAUCGCGGCGACCGCGUCGGCCAUGCCAGAGUACCCACCGGGCGUCCGCUUGGAGCUCACGCGCCUCGCGUCGACGCACGAAGAGGUGAUGCUGCAGUCGUUCAAGGAGAACCCCGCGGCGGUCGAGAUGAGCCUCGAGCUCGGCCAAGGCGUGCACUCGGUCGAGAUCUUUUUCGGACACCAGAAGCGCCUGCUCAUCGUCGACACGGGCAGCGCCGACACGGCCUUUCCGUGCACGGGCUGCGUCGACUGCGGCGCGCGGCACACCAACCCGUUCUACGUCAUGGGCGACAGCGCGUCGUACCUCUCGUGCGCCGACAACGAGAGGCGCGGCUUCUCGCCGUGCUCGGCGUGCACGACCGACGGCAAGUGUGCGUUUGCCGAGGAGUACGUCGAGGGCUCGGGCUGGAAUGCAUUCAAGGUCCAGGACACGGCGUACUUUGAGGACCGGCCCGACUUAACCGCGAACCUCGUCUUUGGCUGCAUGCAGAGAGAGUCCGGCGCCUUUCUGUCGCAGCGCGCCGACGGCAUCAUGGGCAUGAGCCAGGACCCGGACGCGGUCCACGUCCAGUUCUUCAUGGACGGCGUCACGACGCUUCGCGGCUUCUCGCAGUGCAUCGCCGACGACGGCGGCUCCAUGGUGAUUGGCGGCCUCGACAUCUCGCUGAACGACCCGUCCGAGACGAUGGUGUUUACGCCACUGCGAGACACGGGCUACAGCUACUGGACGGUCUCCCUCGAGUCGAUUUCAGUUGGCGGGCACGUCGUCGAUGUCGACGCGGGUAUCUACAACGCGCACCGCGGCUGCGUCUUUGACAGUGGCACGACGUUUGUGUACAUUCCGAGCGCGGCCAAAGCGGGGUUCCAAAAGCAGUGGACGGCGGCCGUCGGCGAAGACUCCGAGAACGCGGAUUACAUUGACGGCGGCGACUACGUGCUGUCGCGCCUCGAGCUUCUGGCGCUCCCGAACAUCUGCUUUCAGUUUGCCAACGACGCCACCAUGUGCAUUCCGCCGACGCAGUACAUGGUGCACGACUUUGGCGACAUUUACACGGCGACGAUUUUCUUUCAGGAUUUCGCGCAGGCGACCAUCAUCGGCGCGUCGAUGCUGCAGGACCACAACAUCAUGUACGACAUGGACAACCACCGCAUUGGGUUUGUGCGCGCGCACUGCGGCAGUACCAAGCUCGAGUCAGUCGCGCUCGUGACCGCGCUCGGCGGCGACGCGUUCACGCCCGAGUGGAGCGUCGCCAAGUUGCUCCGCGACGUUCCGGCCAUCACGGGCUUUGUCUUUGGCGUUGGCUUCCUCCUCUUUGUGACCGAGCUCUACGCGGCGGUGUCGUCCUACAAGCGCGCGCCGUUGGCGUCGCAGGAGCCGCUGCUGGAAGCCUGCGCCGAAGGGUUCAUCGACAGCGAUGACGACGUGACGUCGUUUGCGCUGCACUCUGUCUAG